CUGGCCGGGGAGAGACGCUGCCUAGCUUCUGCUCUGCUCCUGUCUCCUCCUCUGGCCAUGACAGAGACUCGUGAGCCAGCUGAAACCGGAGGCUAUGCCAGCUUGGAAGAAGACGAUGAGGACCUCUCUCCAGGCCCUGAGCAUUCCUCUAACUCCGAAUACACACACUCAGAGCCGGACUCCGAAGAGGAAGAAGAUGAGGAGGAGGAGGAAGAGGAGACCACUGACGACCCCGAAUAUGACCCUGGCUACAAAGUGAAGCAGCGCCUAGGUGGGGGCCGGGGUGGCCCAUCCCGCCGGGCUCCCCGUGCAGCCCAGCCCCCGGACCCCCCAGCCCAGCCCUGCCAGCUCUGUGGCCGCUCAUCCCUCGGGGAGGCCCCACCGGGCACUCCACCUUGCCGGCUCUGCUGUCCCGCCGCAGCCCCCCAGGAAGCACCAGCCCCCGAAGGCCGGGUGCUUGGCGAGGGCGAGGGAGAGCCACCGCGGGCUGGGGAGGGCCAGGGCCAGCCCGCCGGGCGGGAGGAGGAGCCGGACGAGGACGAGGAGGGCACCUACCACUGCACGGAGUGCGAGGACUCCUUCGACAGCCUGGGGGAGCUGCACGGGCACUUCAUGCUGCAUGCCCGGGGUGAGGUGUAGGCAGAGCCCCUGCCCAGAAGCUUGGCAGGAAGGGUGAGGUGGGAGGAGGGGGGCUGAAGAGAUUGGGUGGGCGAAAUGGUCCUAGGGGAUGGAGUACUGCCUAUCUGUGUCGUCUUAGCUGUAUGUGUGAGGCCAGAAUAAAAGCCAAAUUCUGUGUGUC